AGUCGUACUUACACGUUUUGUCUAUUAACCAUUUGACCAGCAGGGGGCAACAACGAGCGCCUGUCUACUUCCGUAAGCGUCACGUUCUUACUUAGCGUCAUGGCGGCUGUGGAGCAAACACGAGGAUUCGAGAUUACGCAAAAAUAGUGUGUUCUAGCCUAAAAAAAGCUCUCAUAAAUGUUAAUUUAAAGUGUUUUUGUAUUAAUCUAAUUUAAAAUGAACGACUUAUCGUCCGUGGGCCUGUCGGACUGGCUGGUGAAACAAUGUAAACAGAUGGGGCUCAACAAACCCACUCCGGUUCAGGAGAACUGUAUCCCACCCAUCCUGGAAGGGCGCGACUGCAUGGGCUGCGCCAAGACAGGAAGUGGGAAAACGGCGGCCUUCGUGUUGCCGGUGCUGCAGAAACUGUCGGAGGAGCCGUAUGGCAUCUUCUGCCUGGUUCUCACUCCCACCAGGGAGCUGGCCUAUCAGAUUGCAGAGCAGUUCAGAGUCCUGGGGAAACCUCUGGGUCUGAGAGACUGCAUCGUCGUCGGAGGGAUGGACAUGGUGAACCAGGCCCUGGCGCUGUCCAACCAGCCCCACGUUGUCGUGGCAACGCCGGGUCGGCUGGCCGACCACAUCCGCAGCUCCAACACCUUCAACAUGAGCAAGAUCAAGUUCUUGAUUUUGGACGAAGCGGACCGGCUGCUGGAGCAGGGCUGCACCGACUUCACCAAAGACCUGGAGGUGAUCCUGAGCGUCGUACCGGCCAAACGCCAGACGCUGCUGUUCAGCGCCACGCUCACCGACACCCUGCAGGAGCUGAAGAGCAUCGCCAUGAACAAGCCCUUCUUCUGGGAGAGCACGUCCGAGACGCGGACAGUGGAGGAGCUGGACCAGAGGUACAUCCUGACCCCAGAGAAGGUGAAGGACGCGUACCUGGUCCAUUUGAUCCAGAUGUUCACAGACCAGCAUGACGACUGGUCCAUCAUCAUCUUCACCAACACCUGCAAGAGCUGCCAGAUUCUGACGAUGAUGCUGCAGGCGUUCAACUUUCCUACAAUCUGUCUGCACUCCAUGAUGAAACAGAAACAACGAUUCGCCAACCUGGCCAAGUUCAAGGCCAGCGUCUAUAAAAUCCUGAUUGCGACGGAUGUGGCUUCCAGGGGUUUGGAUAUUCCAACAGUCCAGGUCGUCAUCAACCAUAACACCCCAGGACUUCCCAAGAUUUACAUCCACAGAGUCGGGAGAACCGCGAGAGCAGGGAGAAACGGAGUGUCAAUCACACUGGUGACGCAGUACGACAUCCAUCUGGUGCAUUCGAUCGAGGAGCAGACCAAGACAAAGCUGAAGGAAUAUCCCAUGGAGGAGAAAGAAGUCUUGAAGAUCCUCACACAAGUCAACGUGACUCGGCGGGAGUGUGAAAUUAGGCUGGAAUCGACGGACUUUGAUGAGAAAAAGGAGAUUAACAAGCGGAAACAGCUGAUCCUGGAGGGGAAGGACCCGGACCUGGAGGCCAAGCGGAAGGCCGAGCUGCAGAAGAUCCGGAGCCAGAAGAAGAAAUUCAAGCAGAAAAUCCAGGAGAGCAUUCAGAGACAGAAACAGGGGCAGCUGAAGAGGAAACAGACCAAGAACAAAAAGGCAGCGCUGACCUCAUCAUAAGAGCUGCUUCCUGCGUGUACAUAUGUUUGAUUUCUAUAUGCAAAUAAAGUUCAUGUCGCUGAAACUCAAAUCGACCACUUUUAUUGAUUCAGUUACCAAGGGAAACACCGUCUUGUGAUAAAACAGCACUGCAAAGACUAUCCACUGCUUCAAACGCUAUUUACAUCACAUUAAAUCCACAAAUUUAAUCUCUGAACUCAAAUAUUCAGAUAAGAUGCAGAUGUUUGAGCAAAUCUACUGAAUCACCUCUAAAGUAAAAAUCACUGCGCGUUUCAACCGACCGCCGCUCCGAUGAUGGAAAAACUACAAAACUAUAUCAGGGCAGCGUUUUCCAUUAAAGCUAUCAACAUGUUAGGCCUUCAGUGGAGCGGGUUAAAAUAAUUUAUAGCACAAAUGAGAGCCGGAUGUCAACAAAAACUCUGAGUUAAACAUCAUCUACCCGGAACAGGAUUGUCACAUGUCUGCAGACGUGAGAAGCAGGUGAGGACUACAUUCUUACAGGAAGUGUCGCUUACAAAACUACAAUCCCAUCGGACAGUUUGAGGAGGAUACAAAAGUCCAGUUGAGGGAAGGAAAACGGCGUCUGCCUCCUCCUUCCUGUAGUCAGCAAAAUGCUACAAAAGAGAAAUCAACACCACCCGCUGAUCAUGAUGCACACAGCAGCAACUGAUUGAACAACAAAAAGGCUCUCAGAUCUCCAGGAAGCUAAAACAUCAUAAAUCUCCAAAAAGGAAUAAAAUAGAUAAAGCAAGCGGAACAGCUCUGGACAAAUCAAAACGCCACUGAAGGUAAAAGAAACUCCGCCAGCCUGUUUUUACUCCACAGAGAAGGAAGGUGGCUUUUAGUCACGGCCAACAUCAACCUCGCUGAUUCAACAAAAACCCCUUUCCGUGGCGGCCAUCUUGCUCUAACGGGUCGUCAGAUGCUGGUAGUUCAACUCCUAACUACAUUCAUGGCUGUGCUGCAGCUUUUUAUCUGAAGGUUGAAUGGUUUUAGGCACUGAUUAGUAUUUUCAUCUUUUUAAUUAAUCCACCGUCAUUUGAUCAGAGUUAACGGCGUUCCUGUUGAUCAGGAAGAUUUUAAAUUACAGGAUUAAUUUCAUCCCCAAUUACAACUCCACGGUAGUUUGGCCAAACAGCCACACCUUUUCUUUAUGAAUAUUGUGUUUCUGAACUGGUUUCUCCCUCAGCCACCUUCCUUUUCUACCUCUCAGUGGUUCGAUUGCCUCGUCGUUUCCCUCCACAUUUAUUCCACUCCCAACUCAAGCGGGGAUUCGUUCAUCGGUUGUGGAAAAAAUUAAAACUCUUCCCCCCCAAGGAAUCCCUCAGCACAAAGCGUUUAAGCAUUCGCCAAUCUAAGCACACAAAGUACAGUCAAAAAUGAAAUAAAAUAAAAUAAAAUAAAUCUGGUCAUGAAGCCAAACGCCAACAACCCCCCGCUGUGGUGAGAUUACAG